GACGGGAAAAGAUGUGGUGGUCUCGCCUCUCUUUGGCGGCGGGGUUCUUCACUUCAUGUCCUGUGUUCUUUUCUUCAUAUUGAGUGCAUCAGUACUUCUGUGCUAUCUGUGCUAUAUAGUUGCGAAAUGUGCUGGAAUCCAGUUCUAUGAUGCCUGUGAAAAUCUAAACGCUAAAGUGCAGCCACAGCUGGGGAAUUAUUUAGCUAGUGCUUGUCAAGUUGGCAGUGACCGGAAGCUGUAACCAAUUGCUAUGUAAUAAAAUCUCAUAUAGGAAACCAUAAUUGAACAACAAUGCAUUCGGACCUUUACCUAGCAUAUGCUGCACACAACAAAGGAAAAUGAACACCGUGCGUGAGGCAUGGUGAGAUGCUAAAGGCUCAUGAAGGAGUGCAAGUCGAUAUUAUUGAUAGGCUGCCGACACCGUUUGGCUUGGUUCGUUCUGGAGUGGCUCCAGAUCAUCCGGAAACAAAGAUUGUGGUAAACCAAUUUUCUCGUGUAGCUGCGAACGCCCGAUGCUCAUUCUUUGGGAAUGUAACACUUGGAAGUGAUGUCUCACUAGCAGAGCUUCGAGGGACAUAUGAUGUUGUUGUUCUUGCUUAUGGUGCAGAAAGUGAUAGAUCAUUUGGUAUUCCUGGGGAGAACCUCAGGGGAAUACAUUCAGCUCGAGAAUUCGUAUGGUGGUAUAAUGGGCACCCAGACAUGCACAACUUGGUACCUGACUUGCAAAACACAGAUUCUGCUGUGGUCCUUGGACAGGGAAAUGUGGCUCUUGAUGUUGCCCGUAUCCUUCUCCGCUGUACAACCAAGUUGGCUUCCACAGAUAUUGCUGGUCAUGCGCUGGAUGCUCUUAAGAGCAGCACUAUAAGGAAGGUGUACUUGGUUGGGCGUCGAGGUCCAGUACAGGCAGCUUGCACAGCAAAGGAAUUACGUGAAAUUUUAGGUUUGCAAAAUGUCCAUGUUUGCAUCAAGGAGGGUGAUCUUGCGACCUCACCUGCAGAUAAGGAGGAGAUGAGGAAUAGUAGAAUCAAAAGAAGGGUGCAUGAACUGUUAUCUAAGGCUGCUACUAUGCAUAAGGAAAAGAACAGCAAUGACCAAAAGGAGCUUCACUUUGUGUUUUUUAGGAAACCUACCAGAUUUCUCCCUUCAGAAGGUGGUUCCACAGUUGGUGCCGUGGAACUUGAAAAGACUCUUCUAAAAGAUGAUGCAGUAACUGGGAAUCAGGUGGCAGUCGGAACUGGUGAGUUUGAAGAUCUGAAAUGUGGACUGGUUUUGAAGAGUAUUGGUUACAAAUCCUUGCCAACGGAAGGCCUACCCUUCGACAACUACAAAGGAGUUGUCCCAAAUUUAAGGGGCAGAGUUUUGAGCAGUGAAUCAGAAACAACCACAGUGGAGGCAGGACUUUACGUGGUAGGAUGGCUGAAGAGAGGACCAACUGGGAUUGUUGCUACAAAUCUCCAUUGUGCUGAAGAAACUGUGGCUAGCAUCCUUGAAGAUGACAGGAAUGGUGUGUUCAUGGCGCCAUCUGAUUCGAGAAGGCAAGGGCGGAAGGGACUACUUGAGAUUCUAGAACAGAAGAAUGCCCGCUAUGUGCCUUUCGAUGGCUGGGAAAAAAUCAAUUCUGAAGAAAAGAUAGCAGGCCAGCUGAAAAACAAGCCUAGAGAGAAGAUCACAACCUGGGAUGAGCUCCUGAAAGCUGCAAACGGGGGAUAAUUGAAGGGCAGAAUCGAUUCUGAAGAGAAGAUGGCAGGCCUGGUGAAGAACAAGCCCAGAGAGAAGAUCAUAACCUGGGAUGAGCUCCUGAAAGCUGCAAACGGGGGAUAAUUGAAGGGCUGUCUUGUAGACAGUUUUGUUACAUUGCAUGUCUCGUAGAGUCAGCAUUGAAGAGCGUUUGCCAUGUAAAAUAAAGAUGAAAGGAAACUUUUAUCUAAGAACUUGGAUGCAUAUACACGUAACAAGUUGCAGUUACGGAGAUGAAAAAUAUAACUGCCUUUUUCUAGUAGCACCAAAUUACAAAAUUGGCAUCAGAUACAGAUUGCUUUACAGGCAAAUUAGUUGUUUUAUACCAAAGCAAAUGUUGUAAUUUAUUUUA